AUAAGUUGAGAGAGAUCUAUAGAGAGAGAGAGGUAGCCAUGGCGAUGAAGGGGAAGCUGCAGAGUGUUAUGGAAGUGAAAGCAUCAGCUAACAAAGUUUAUCAGGUGUGGAAAGCAUCAUACGACAUCCCCAAGCUCACCGCAGAGAACAUCCACAAAGUUGAAGUCCAGCAAGGCGAUUGGGAGACUACUGGAUCGAUCAAGUACUGGUGUUAUACUCUUGAUGGGAAGCUGGAAGUUUUGAAGGAGAAGACGUUUUUUGAUGACGAGAAGAAGCUGGUGACCGUAAUCGGGGUGGACGGCGACCCGAUGAAGCUAUAUAAAGUGUACAUAGGCAAGUUUGAGAUGAAGCCAAAAGAUGAUGACGACGCCGGCGGCAAUGGCUGCUUUGUGACCAUCACGGUCGAGUAUGAGAAACUCAACCUUGCCUCCCCGCCUGCCUACAAAUACCUGGAUUUCCUGGAAAGCGUUGUCCAUGAUCUUGGUGAAGCUCUUGCUUAAUCAUCCAUCAUCACCACCAAUAAUUACAGAUGAGAUUUCCAUGGUACAUCUCAUUUGCUUUAUAUCUAGUUUAUGUGUAUAAUCCAAAUAAAAGAAGAGUGUGUUUAUGGUCCUAUUGAUAAAAUGGCUUUGUAAUGACUAAUAUGUGGGAUGGUAAGUGUUCUCAUCACCAACCCUUUGUAUUAUUUUUUCCAAAAAUAUCAACCCUUUGUAUUCUAAAUAAG